AUUUUUGCUAUCUUCUUGAGAAUCAUGCAAAACCAGAGUUUUGUCACUGAGUUCAUAAUCUUGGGUCUUUCUCAGAACCCAAAAGUUGAGAAAAUACUGUUUGUUAUUUUUUUGUUGGUUUACCUUGCAACUGUAGGGGGCAACAUGAUGAUUGUGGUGACCAUCGUCUACAGCCCUGCACUGUUGGGAUCCCCCAUGUACUUCUUCUUGGCAUUCCUGUCCUUCCUGGAUGCAUGUGUUUCUUCUACUGUCACACCCAAGAUGCUUAUAGACUUCUUAAGUGAGAAGAAGACCAUCUCUUUUGAAUGUUGCAUGACACAAUUGUUUUCAGUUCAUUUCUUCUCAGGGGCAGAAAUGGUUGUCCUAGCAGCCAUGGCCUAUGACCGCUACGUGGCCAUUUGUAAGCCCUUGCAUUACUCUUCCAUCCUUACCCGGAGGCUCUGUAGUAUUUUGAUGGCAAUAUGCUGGGCAGGAGGCUUCUUGCAUUCUAUUGUACAAAUUAUCUUCAUAUUGCAGCUGCCUUUAUGUGGACCCAAUGUCAUUGAUCAUUACAUGUGUGACUUGUUUCCAUUGCUAAAGCUUGCCUGCACUGACACUCAUAUAUUUGUCCUUUUGGUGUUUGCCAGCAGUGGGGCUAUCUGCAUCAUCAUCUUCUCCUUAUUGCUUGUCUCCUAUGUUGUCAUCUUGUUCUCUCUGAGAGCCCAUAGCUCUGAAGGUCGCCGUAAAGCUCUUUCCACUUGUGGAGCACACGUUACUGUUGUGGUUUUGUUCCUUGUUCCGUGCAUAUUAAUAUAUGCACGGGAUACGUCUGCAUUCUCCUUUGAGAAGAACACACUUAUAUUUGUCAACGUCCUGACACCAUUGCUCAAUCCUAUGGUUUACACAUUCAGGAAUAAGGAAAUGAUAAAUGCCAUGAGAAAAAUGUGGAAGAAAUUGAAAGUGAUUUUUGUUAGGUUUUAA